GCGACUCAAUAGCAGGGAACCCACAGAAGGAGAGAACCGCCCCUAUUGCAGCUUGCUACGGCCACCGUUAACAAUGAACUUUCUUCGUAUUCAGAAAAUCCUAAAACCACUCUGAAUUUUUCAUUAUAUAUUCUACUUUUCGAUGUACAACAACAACAGCGUAUCGAUCCCUAUCUCCGACCACGAAUCCGACGAACAUGGUGGCGUGCGGGUUCACACGCGACGGAAGCGUAAGAUAGUGAUUCACAGAGGAAACCACGACUUCAGAGAAAAAGUGUUGAGGAAGUUACUUAGACACUGGAUCCUAAUCAUCAUUCUUUUAGCUUCGGCUUUGUUUGUGUUCGAGGCCUUCACCAUUGGUCGCAAACCUGAUUCCACUGUCACCUCAGAGCUACGAACUCCAAAUAAAAAUGGUGGAAUAAAGUCAAUAAACUCGCAACUUGCAUUGGGAAAGGAACCCCAACAUGACAACUUGAAUCGGCUCGAUCCACCGCGUUGCUUGAAGCUUCUGCCAGUUGAAGAACUUGAACACCUUGAUAUUCCUGUGACAGAAGAGUCUAAUGGCCCUGUUAACCAGGUUCUAUAUGUUUCAGAGGGAGAGUCUUCUUUGGUAGGACGGAAUGCUACCUUUUCUCUUGCGAGAUUUAAUUUGUUUACUGGAAAUCAAACAUUAGAGCAGAGAGAUACAAGUUUUGAGAUUAAGGAAUCUAUGAUGGUACAUUGUGGUUUCUACAGUUUAAAUGGAGGGUUUAAGAUAUCUGAUGAAGAUAAAACUUAUAUGCAUGCUUGCAAAGUUGUGGUUUCUACUUGUGCAUUUGGUGGUGGAGAUGAUCUCUAUCAACCUAUUGGGAUGUCAGAGGCCUCACUUAAGAAGGUCUGCUACGUAGCAUUCUGGGAUGAAAUCACCUUAAGAGCACAGGAAUUGGCAGACCACCGAAUUGGAGAAAAUGGAUUUAUAGGGAAAUGGAGAGUUGUGAUUGUGAGGGAUCUUCCUUUUGUUGAUCAAAGGCUGAACGGCAAAAUUCCCAAGAUGUUAAGCCACCGCCUAUUUCCUCAAGCAAAAUUCUCUAUCUGGGUAGACUCAAAGUCCCAAUUUAGGAGGGACCCACUAGGUGUGUUGGAGGCACUUCUUUGGCACCCACAUUCAGUAUUUGCCAUAUCUGAACAUGGAGCUCGCAGUAGUGUCUACGAUGAGGCUAAGGCUGUAGUCAAGAAAAAUAAAGCCAAGCCAGAGGAAGUUGAAGUGCAGUUGAACCAAUACCGCAAGGAUGGGUUGCCUGAAGACAAAAGAUUUAUUGGAAAGAAAGCUCUGUGUGAAGCCUCUGUUAUCGUGAGGAAGCAUAUGCCACUAACUAAUCUUCUGAUGUGCCUCUGGUUUAAUGAGGUGGUUCGAUUCACUUCUAGGGAUCAACUCAGCUUCCCAUAUGUCUUAUGGCGGCUUAAUGCUUUCAAAUACAUCAAUACAUUCCCUGUCUGCACCCGCAAGGAUUUAGUCAACAGCAUGGGCCACAUCCGCAAGGCCAAGCCUUUGCAAUUACAAAGAUAGUUGAAUGGGGACGGCCUACAUGCAUUUAUCUUAACUCAUUCUUUAGUUCGUUCAUUUGAUUAGCCAUUUGAACUAGAUAUAUAUUUUUCUACCCUCAUCUCUCGCUUGAUCAUUCAUUCAAUAUUCGGUGUAUGGUUAUAAGUUGGAGAAAUUGUUCCGUGAUCAUUGAGGUUGAAUAUGUUUCAUCACCAUUUAUUAAAUGACAUUUUUAUCUUGAUUAGUUGAUUAGAGCACAUUUACGUUGAUGUACCAUUACCACAUAAGUAUUUAUAUAAUAUGUGAUCUGUCCGUUUUAACUCGGACUAGCACCCUCAAA